CAGCUGUAAGCUCUCAAAAUCAAUAAUUUUUUGACAGUAAAAGUAAACCGAAAAGGAGUAGUAAAUAAAUAAACUCGUGCGAAUUUGCAUUAUGUGAUGUUGAUGUGUGAAACAAACUGUCAUUCAGGAGUUAUUUUUGGUUGAUCACACGUCAGCAUCGCAUUACAUAAUGCCUUUUUGCACAGUCAAAAUCUUGAAAUUGAUCCCAACGGUAGGAAAUUUUGCUUGUUUCUAAAAUCAAUAACAGUGCUGUGGUGAAGCCAUAAAACUAAUUUCAUUCAAAUUUCCAAGUGAAGAAGAAUUUCAGCGAUAACAUUUGACUCCAAAGCACUUUGGUACACUUUAUCGUGAGGUCAUUUGGUCGUGGACUAGUGUAUUUGUGUAUGCACAGGCCCGAUUUAGUAUCAAUACGUAACCGUAACUGUCGACAUCGCGUUGCAUCGUGCAUCUCCACUUCGCGAAAGUAAUUUCUGAAUGUUCAGAAAGCCGGGGAUUCCGGUAGUACGUGAUUUCCAAUAACCUGUCGAGUACCACCACCGCGUUCAGCCAAUAAAAUGUCCACAUCAAGAUUAUUAUCGCGUCUCCGCAUUUACAGCCAUGGGAAAGAGCUGCGCCAAUUUAGUACGUCAUUUAGAAGGCAGGCCGCGGCGAUGGCAUCCACAGAGCACUCUUUGACGCUAGAUAAUCUCAAUCCUAAUGUCAAGGUUCUGGAAUAUGCUGUCCGAGGACCUCUGGUAAUUCGGGCUGGAGAAAUCGAAAAGGAAUUAGAAAAGGGCACCCAGAAGCCAUUUGAUGAAGUGAUCAAAGCGAACAUCGGCGAUUGCCAUGCCAUGGGCCAGCAGCCAAUCACCUUCAUCCGGCAGGUUUUGGCAUUGGUCACGUACCCGAAGCUCCUGAGCGACCCUCAGUUUCCAGAAGAUGCCAAAGAGCGCGCUAAAACGAUCCUGGCGGGAUGCCGUGGGGGCUCUGUAGGGUCUUACACCGAUUCUCCGGGUAUUGAGGUUAUCCGCAAACAUGUGGCACAGUACAUCGCGGAGAGGGACGGGAUUCCGGCCGAUUGGCAGAACGUUGUCAUCGGUGCAGGAGCCAGCGAUGCUAUCAAGAACGUUCUGAAACUUCUGAUCUGUGACAUCAAUGGAAAGAGACCCGGUGUCAUGAUCCCCAUUCCCCAAUAUCCCUUAUAUUCAGCUACAUUAGCUGAAUUCAAUAUCCAACAAGUCGGCUACUAUCUAAACGAAUCUACGAAUUGGGGGCUAGAUAUAUCCGAAUUAAAGAGAGCAAUAGAAGAAGCAAGAAAAACAUGUUACCCAAGAGCAAUCGUCGUCAUAAACCCAGGAAACCCAACGGGCCAAGUUUUAUCGCGGGAAAAUAUCGAAGCUAUCAUCAAAUUCGCUCAUAAAGAGAAAUUGUUCAUUUUUGCCGAUGAGGUAUAUCAGCAUAACAUCUAUGCUCCUGGAUCGAAAUUCUUCUCUUUCAAAAAGGUGCUAGUCGAAAUGGGCGAACCCUACAGCAAAAUGGAGCUAGCCAGUUUCAUGUCGUGUUCCAAAGGGUAUAUGGGUGAAUGUGGGCUUAGAGGAGGGUAUGCUGAAGUCCUCAACAUGGAACCUCAGGUCAAAGCAAUGUACCUGAAAGCUAUCAGUGCAAUGCUGUGUCCUACGGUGUUAGGACAAGCAUGUCUGGACAUCAUAAUGAAUCCUCCUAGGAAAGGAGAACCUAGCUACGAGUUGUUCCAGAAAGAGAAAAAUGGAGUUCUGGAGUCACUGAAGUUGAGGGCCAAAAUGGUAGCAGACACAUUCAACUCCAUGGAAGGUUUCAGUUGCAACGAGGUCCAAGGCGCCAUGUACGCCUUCCCCCAGAUCAAACUACCCUCGAAGGCCAUCGAAGCGGCCAAGAAGGCUGGCAAAGCCCCAGACGUAUUCUAUGCCUUCGAGCUGUUGGAGAACACCGGAAUUUGCAUCGUUCCCGGCUCCGGAUUUGGACAAGUGCCCGGAACCUACCAUUUCCGUACCACCAUCUUGCCGCAGCCUGACAAACUGAAGGCUAUGCUUGAUAAUUUCGCACGGUUCCACAAACAGUUCUUAAGCAAAUACUCGUAGGCUUCCAAGAGGCCAUGAAAACGCGUACGGAGGAUGCUCGACAAGCCUUGCAAUAAUGCAGCUGUGUAUCUGGGUAACAGCUAUUUUGGAACACACAAGAGCAGAGUUCUUAAGAUCAAUCAAUCGAUAAAAAUGUAUUCUUUCGUUUCUUUUUUAUAAGGCUUUUCGUUCGAGGAGCUUAUUCGUUUUCUUAUUCAUAGCUCCUUCUUUGGAAAAUAAUAAAACCAUAUCUGAAGCGACAAGGAACUUUACCGACGUUUCAGCUGGCAGCAGCCUUUUUACAACACAUUAUAAAGUGAAAAUAAUGUUGAGGCUGCCGAAAUAUCAGAAUAAGUUUAUUAUUCUUAUUUCAUUUUAGUUAUUGUCUAAAACCUAGGGAUCAGUGAGAUUACCACUCGAGUAGUUUAUCUGUAGCUUAAUGGUCAAAAACACAUAUGUCAAUAGCUGUCACAAAGAAAUUCUACUCCCUAAUAGCAAGUUGGCAAGGUUGACGGCUGUAGUGCAGCUUCCGUGUAAUCGCUGUGAUGUAUCGUGAAAGACAAAAAGUAUUCACUCUGUAUAUAAACCAAAUUUGUAGUUGUUAUGCAUCAAGCCGUUCGAAGUAUAAUAUGGAAUAUUUGGCACGAAUUUUUCGAACAUGAAAUGUUUCGAUGAAUAAAGUUUCAGUGAAACGAUAUAUAA